AUGACUGCAGCUAACGGGGCACUUGAUGAAUUGCUGGAUUUAUUUAGCAGUAACGAACAAACUGAAAAAGCAUCAGUUAACAAUGGUGUGGAAGAGGUUCAAACACUCAAAGUUGAUAACAGCAUCAAGAAAAAAGAAUCAGUAAAUUUGGAUGCAGCUAACAUGUCUAGCAAAAUUAAUCCAUCGCGCCAAUUAAUUCCAAUAAAUUUCGAUUGUUCACAAAAUGUUUCUAAAAAUGAUCAAAAAGAAGGACCUGCAAGUGUGAGCAGUUUGCUACAUUCUGGUAUGACAAGCUCAAGCGAAGAUGAAUCGAAUCGAAGUCCUUAUCAUACCAUCUCUCUCAGUGCUACUGGUAAAAGCAUCAAAAAAACUUUGAAGAAUGCGCAAAACAAUUUCUCGAACUCAUAUAAUAUAACUGAAUCUAUAAAAAGACGAAAACUAAGUCUUGUAGAAAAGCGUAAUUCUCUUCAAGAAAAAGCCCAGCAGAUAACUCAGGCUGUGAGAUCAUUAUCAAAAAAUUCCUCUCAAAUUUUCGAUUCAUUCUUCAAUAUCCGUGUCAGAAACCCACUUCUUUCAUCUGCUGCUUUUGAAUCGUAUUGCGAUGGUUUGAGGAAAGUCCGAUUGAAUCAGCUGAAAUUGUUAACUCAACAGGAUUGUAACUGGAUUUCUUUGGCUGUUAUCGUGGAAAAAACUGGUUGCCGUAAAAGUGCAAAUGGUAAUGAGUACAUGGUUUGGAACGUCUCUGAUCUGGUGAAUUCUCAAAAUGAAAUUAUUAAAAUUCUUGUGUUUGGCGACUGCAUCAAAAAAUUUUGGAAACUACAACUUGGAUCCGUUAUUGCUUUAAUAACCCCUCCUUUUGCUGAGAGUAAUAAUAAACAAGCUCGGAAAUUCACAGCAAAUCGAGGCUCGUUUGCGUCAGUUUUAGCAAAUCCUACACGAAAGCCAGUGAUACAAAAUCCUAAUCUGUUUGUUUCUGAUAUGACAACAAGUUCAAGAGUUUCUGAAGGUCCCGUAAAUCUGUCGAAAAUAACUGAAAGUCGGAAAAGUGUUAAGCAGUUGAAAAAUGUAAGAUCAUCUAUUCAGGCAAAAAAUGUCAAGGAAUCUGAAAAGAUGGCACUGAGUGCUUUGCUUGAGAAAAAGAAAGAAAAUAAAAAGUCCGAGCAUUCUCCAGUGCUUGGAAAAGGUUUAAACUCUAAUUCUGUUUUACUGAAAAGCCCAAUGAAAGCAUCCAGAUUAAGCAUUUCUGAAGAUGCAAAGCUUAAAGCUGUUGCUGUAAUAAAAAACAAAGGAGGAUUAGAAAAAGCUGAUCCGAACUCAUUCACGAGCAAACUCAGGAAGAAAUGUCUACCCCAUUCUUCGAGUUGCAAAGAAAACUCAGAAACAAAAAAGUCAAGUGCGAUAGAAAAUAAAAGUUCACCAAAUGUCGCAAAUUCCUCUCAAAAAGUAAUUUACACACAGGAUGAAAUUUCCGCAUUGUUGCAAAAAAAAAGUAAUCAUGAAGAUGAUCUUCGACGCGAGGAUAAUGGUCGUGAUGAACUUUACUUUCAUGUCAUGGAGCAGAAAGAGAAAGUGGAAAAUCAUUUGACUAGUAUUAAAGAAAUUAAGAAUUGCAAUUUAAUUGUUUGCACGGAGUGCAAUUAUAAAUCACACAAGCAGAGUGACCUAUGCAAACAAUUAGGGCAUGUCGUGAAAUAUGGUAAGGCUAAUAAACGAUUUUUCCGAUGCAAGCAUUGUCACAAACGUACAGUAUCAUACGAUCGAUUGCCUUCUGUUCCAUGCUCGCAAUGUGGAGACAACAACUUCGAAAGAGUGGGGAUGAGGGACGAGCGGAAAGUGAAACUACCCCACGAAAAGUUGCUCUUACGUGGCGAAGAAUUAAAAUAUGUUAACCGUUAG